UCCACAAACCCCAACAAACCCCCUCGCCACAGUUCCCUCCACCUCACAAUCCGCGAUGUUAGAAGCUACUGAUGACAACGAGCCCAUCGCCGCCGCCGGAGAAGCUGCCUCCAUCUCGAAAAGCGCGAGGAAGCGAUUGCUGAAGCAGCAGCGGCUUCAGGCAAGGAAGAUAGAGCGUAAAGCGGCGGAGAAGGAGCGACGGCGGGAAGAUCUAGAGCGCCGGCGCCGCGAGUGGGAGGAGAAACUUGCCGACAAAACGGAAGAGGAGAGGACGCGGCUUGUAGAGUCGCGGAAGGAGACGAGACGGGAGCGGAUGGAGAAGAGGACGGAGGAACGCAGCAAGCGUGCUGAGAGGCUACGAACGGCAGCAGUGGUUGGCCAGAAGGUUGUUCUUGAUCUCGAGUUCUCCGAUCUCAUGAGUCCUAGUGAGAUCCAGAGCCUUGCACACCAGAUUAUGUAUUGCUAUGCAGUGAAUGGUAAAUGUGAGUAUCCAGCUCAUCUUUGGUUGACAGGAUGUAAUGGCAACAUAGGAAGCCAAUUGCAAAGGCUUCCUGGAUAUGAUAAAUGGAUUAUUGAAAAGGAGAGCAGGCCUUAUAUUGAAGUAUUUCAGGACCAUAAAGAAAAGCUUAUUUAUUUAACAGCUGAUGCAGAGACCACCCUUGAGGAGCUUGAUACGAACAGAAUUUAUAUCAUCGGUGGGCUUGUUGAUCGGAACAGAUGGAAAGGUAUUACGAUGAAGAAAGCAAAUGAGCAAGGGAUCCAAUCAGCAAAGUUGCCAAUUGGAAACUAUAUCAAGUUAGCAAGCUCGCAGGUUCUUACCGUUAAUCAAGUGGUUGAGAUACUGCUCAAGUUUGUAGAAACAAGAGACUGGAAAAAGGCAUUCUUUACUGUGAUUCCACAGAGGAAAAGAGGCGCUGUUGAGAUUGAAGGUGGUGAUACCAUAGAUGUUGCUAAAAUUGAAAAAGAAUGCAAUGAAGAAGGUUUAGAAGCUGAUGCCGAGGAAGUGGAAGAGGAAUAUACUGAUAAUGAAACUAUCAGAACAAAAAAACAACGCUCUGAGUCCAAAACUGAAGAAACUGACAUAAUAAAAGCCAGUGCAAGUUAGAGUUAGUAAUACCAUAACUUUGAAGGCGUUUGGGACAUCUUUCUUACUGCUUUUUAAAGCAGUUUUUUAAUACAAAAAAUUUUAAAGCUAGAAAUUUUUAUACUAAAAAGUUGCGUCAGAAAAUAUUAAGAAAGCUAUU